GUUGGGAGACAUUUAAUUUUCUUGGGUCUUUUCGGUUGUAAAAGAGACUGGGAGUCCACACCAAGGACUGUUACCAGAAUAUCUAUACCUGCCUUCAUUCCAAAUUUAUCCCAAGUACAAGAAUCCUUUUAAAUCUGGGUUAUAAACCAGGACUUACUACUGGAAAAUCUGAGAAGGAUGUUUUGGGUAUGUGACAGACAAUUCUCAUAGCGCUCUCCAUCCUGAGUUCUUCUGACAGUCAAAUGUCCUUAUCAGAACAGCAUUGAAAUACAGACUAGCAUUUUUCUACUAGCAACUAGACCCAGAAUGGCAGAGCACAUUCUGAACCUCACAGAUACUACAAUAAAUUUUCAAAGACCAUACAAUUAUUCAGAGAGUACACCAUUUUUUGUUGUGGCAGAAGUUUGGGCUCUCUAUGAUGAGAUUAGCAAAAAUGGAUCUGCUGGUCUGGAACAUUCUGGAGAUUCAAAAACCACCCUCUCCACUUAUCCAAAUAUGAAUGGGAGCACAGGACAUCCAACCAAGAACAAAGUUUAUCCAGACUUCAACAAUUUGCUGCAUAAUAUGAUCAACAGUUUCAUUGUCUUAAUCUGCCUUUUGGGGUUUGUGGGGAAUGGAAUGGUCAUCUGGUUUCUUGGCUUCCGCAUGAAAAGGAAUCCUUUCACCACGUAUAUCCUGAACCUCUCCAUAGCUGACUUUGGUGUCCUCCUCUGUAUUAUCUGCACAUCCACAUUUGUGAUUAUAGUCCAUUUGUAUAACAGAAUUAAUGCUUUUGCUGAAAUGUUUUUAAUAUUUCUGGAGUUGUUUUUCUUCACGUAUUCCACUGGCCAAUUUCUACUGGUGGCCAUCAGCAUCGACCGGUGUGUGGCUGUCCUCUUCCCACUUUGGCAUCGAUGCCACCGACCGCCACAUUUAUCCACCAUUGUUUGUGCCCUAAUAUGGAUCCUCUCUUUCCUGCUUUCUGGAAUUCACUUCACUCUCCAUAGGGCUGUAAGCUCUGAAAAGUCCCCACUAUUAUAUCAGCUUGUUGUGAAUGUUUUGCUUUGCACCCCACUCAUGGUUAUUUCCACUCUGGUUCUGUUCAUCCAGGUCUGCUGUAAACCAGAACAGCAACAGCGGAGAAAGCUGGUCACCGCCAUCUUACUUUCACUCCUCUUCUUUCUCAUCUUUGCUUUGCCUCUUAAUGUAAUUUAUAUAAUCAAAUAUUUUUAUUCUUUUCUGCCCAGUCUAAUGGUAAUAGGCUUUGGUUGUGCUUCUCUAAACAGUAGCAUCAAUCCACUUAUCUAUUUCUUAGUUGGGAGGAGACAAAAGAAGGGUCGGUCAAGGAUGUCCAUGAAAGUGGCACUCCAAAGGGUUUUCAAGGAUGAGCAUGACACUAAAGAAGAACAGAACACCACAAGUGAUACCCUUGUGUGAUAACCCUUUAUGAAUAAAAGAGAUGGGGAGGCCACUAUACAUAUUUUUAAUAAGAAAAUCAUACCUUUAGCUUGGAAAAUAAAAAGCUUUGCCAUGUGCACUUUCCAAAAACUGAUGUAAAUUAUAAAAUCAAAAGUAAAAUAAAAUGCAUACAGUUUUCGCAAGAAAACAAAAUAUUUCUAUACAACGUUAAGCAUGUCUCACCUAACCUUUUAAAACAGUUUUUGAGUACAACCAACAGAGAUCCAAUCGUCUAAUAAUAAAGAUUGUGUUUCACUGUAAAUAUUUCUCAUGUAUAAGCAUUAUUAUUACUGCUAAUUGCCAUGUACUUUUGAAUUAAAGAUUUGCUCUUGAUUUUCCUUCUGAUUUUGCCAACAUAAUGAACAAAGUAAUUAUGUUAACGUAUUUAAUGCAGUGUUCUUUUCUUUUACAGUUCUCAGUAUCUUAAUAAUAGGAACAUAAAUUCCAACAGCAAAUCUGUCCAUGUAAAUCAAACAAUAGCAAACUUUUCCAUGUAAUUUCCUUGACAAUUUUAACAAUGCUUUCCAAAAAUUUAAUUGCAGGAUACCAAGAAGAUGGAUGUAUUUGAAAUGAUAUUUUAUGACAAAGAAGCUACAUGAGUUUGCAAAACCAUUUUAUUUUCAGUGUCUGAUGCCACCACAUACACAUCAUUAUUAAAUAAAU